AUGGUGAUAUUUGUGAUACUGGUGUUAGUGUUGCUAACCCAAAUGAUGUCUAUUUCUCCAAUGGUUAAACACACCAUCACUCACCCUAUUCUUACUCAUCACAAGUGCUAUCAUGUAGGAGAUUUCAUCAUUGCUGGCAUUAUUUCUCAGAUAUACAUAUUGCCUAAUCCAAUCAAAUUUAAAGAACAUCCUUCUCACGAAGCAUUUGACAAUAUCAUGGUACUAACUCAGAGCUACCAGCAAAUCCUGGCCUUGCAAUUUGCUGUGAAAGAGAUAAAUGAAAACCCCCAGAUAUUACCCAAUGUCACCAUGGGUUUCCACAUCUACAACAGCAAUUUCCAUGCAAGAUGGACCUACCUUGCCUCAAUGGAACUUCUGUCUACACCAGGCGGGUUUAUCCCAAACUACAAGUGUGACAUUCAGAAUAGUCCAGUUGCAGUCAUUGGGGGACCCAAUUCUGAUAUAUGUCUCUACAUUGCAACCAUCCUGUGCAUUUAUAAGAUUCUCCAGCUUACGUAUGGCUCUGCUCCAGUGAUAAAUGAUGAAACCCAUGGAGUUUCUUUGCACCAGAUGUUCCCAAAUGGAGACAAACAGUAUAUGGGGAUUGUCCAGCUACUGCUGCAUUUUCAGUGGACAUGGAUUGGGGUGCUUUUCAUAAAUGAUGACAGUGGAGAGAGAUUGAAAGCAAGAAUGCUUCACACUUUCUCCCAGAAAGGCAUCUGCUUUGAUUUUGUCGAAAGAUUUCCACAAGCAGUAUUUUCUACUGGAAUUCAUGAUUUGGUGCUGGAGGGGAUUCACACAAUCAAUGUUGUUAUGAAAAGCACUGCCAAUGCAGUUGUUGUAAAUGGUGAAAUCCACACCAUUCUUGUUUUAAGAACACUGUUGCAUCUUCAAGAAUUUGAGGAAAUACCCAUAAAAACAAAGAUCUGGAUUAUGACAGCCGAGAUGGAUUUUACAGCACUUAGUGCUCAAAAAGGUUGGGACAUCCACUUUAUCCAUGGCAGCAUAUCCUUGGCAAUUCACUCAAAGGAUCUUCCAGGAUUCCACACAUUUCUUCAAACAAGAAACCCUACCAGAGCAAAAAAAGACGAUUUUAUUAGGGUCUUCUGGGAAAAUGCUUUUAGCUGUACUUUCCAUAGUUCCACCUUAGAAGAGGAUGCUGGUGAAAUCUGCACCGGAGAAGAAAAACUGGAGACACUCCCUCAGUCAGUUUUUGAAAUGAGAAUGACUGGUCACAGCUAUAGUAUCUACAAUGCUGUACAUGCAGUGGCAGAAGGUUUACAUGCUAUGUAUUCAUUGAAAUUCAAAAAAGUCAGUGAAAGAACAUGGAACCUUAUUAAUCAACAGCCAUGGCAGACAAAGCCACUUUCUCAGUGUAAUGACAACUGUCGCUCAGGAUAUAGUAAGUCAAAGAAGGAAGGGAAGCCAUUUUGCUGCUAUGAUUGUCUCCGCUGUCCAGAGGGCAAGAUUUCCAAUCAGAAGGAUAUGAAUGAUUGUUUACAAUGCCCAGAAGACCAGUAUCCAAAUAACCUCCAGGAUUCAUGCAUUCCGAAAUACAUAAGUUAUUUGUCCUAUGAAGAACCAUUGGGGAUCAGUUUGACAAUUGCUGCUCUCUCUCUUUCUUCCAUCACAGUUUGGGUACUUCAGAUUUUCAUUAAGCACCAGGACACUCCCAUAGUCAAAGCCAACAACCGAAGCCUCACUUACACUCUCCUUUUCUCCCUCUUGCUCUCUUUCCUUUGUACUUUAUUAUUCAUAGGUCGACCUGAAAAAGUAGUAUGUCUCCUUCGACAAUCUGUUUUUGGUGUCAUUUUCUCCAUUGCAGUUUCUUGUGUAUUGUCCAAAACAACAAUAGUGGUCCUAGCUUUCAUGGCUACCAAACCAGGAUCCAGCAUGAGAAAAUGGAUGGGGAAACAACUGGCCACCUCCAUUGUUCUUUCCUGCUCCAUGAUUCAAACCACACUAUGCAUUGUGUGGCUCUCAACCUUCCCCCCAUUCCCAGAUUUGGACAUGCACUCCAUGACUAAAGAAAUUGUACUGGAAUGUAAUCAAGGGUCAGUCAGUAUGUUUUAUUGCGUCCUGGGCUAUAUGGGUUUCCUGGCCAUUGUCAGCUUCACUGUGGCCUUCUUAGCCAGGAAGUUGCCUGACAGCUUUAAUGAAGCCAAGUUUAUCACCUUCAGCAUGCUGGUCUUUUGCAGUGUGUGGUUGUCAUUUGUUCCAACUUACUUGAGUACCAAGGGCAAAUACAUGGUGGCUGUGGAGAUCUUCUCCAUUUUAGGCUCCACUGCUGCUUUAUUAGGCUGCAUCUUUUCCCCCAAAUGCUAUGUUAUUUUACUGAGGCCUGAACUGAACAGCAGAGAACAGCUAAUGGGGAAAAAGAGAUAA